AUGAAAGCAGUAACAACGAGUAAGAAGCAAUUGGAAAAAUGGAUUGAAAAAUUGGGAGUUGAUUUUGCGAAAAAUGUAAGAAUGUAUGGUCGCCCUUACAUUUGCCGAUCUCAUUUUGUUAGAGAUAGUUUUGGACGUGUCCCAGCAUUGGCAUUACCAAAACCUCUGCCAUUCUCCUCAAACUUUGCUGAAAACGUGGUUAUGACAAAUUCAACUUCGAAAUCAGACAAAGAAAUUGCGGUUGCUCCAACUUCGAAAUCGGACAAAGAAGAAGCGGUUGCUCCAACUUCGACAUCAUACAAAGAAGAAGCGGAUGUAUCUGAAGUUGUAGAAAUUCAAGAAAAAACCGAUGAUGAUGAAGAUUUAUCAAAUUUGUCAGAUGAAAGCGGAUAUGAUUUGAUUCAGCAACAAGUCGAGGCGGUAAAAGAUCCGAAUUAUCAACCCAGCACUUCUGAAUAUCGACAAAUUUUGGAUGAUGAAAGUUUUGAUAAUGAUUUUGACCAGACAGUCGACGAGAAGGAGUCAGAUAUCGAUUUUGUGCUCGUCUCUUUUCAACUUUUAUUGCCCUUGAUUUUAAAAUGCUACAGUUGCUUUUCAAUUGCAAAUUACAAACUGUCGAAAUUCGGAGCUGUUUUGACAUUUGAUUGCACGUGUGAAUGUAGCAGGACUUGGAGAUGGUCUACCAGCCAGAAAGUGAAGAAAAACGACAAUACAAGUUCGAAAAGAUUUGAGCUGAAUGUUUCUUUGACAACGGCCGCUGUUACAAUCGGAUUAUCGUAUUCGGUAUGUUUUGAAUCUUUAUAACUAGAAAAAAAAUGAAAUUCGAUUUUUUCAGAAUAUCAUGUCAAUCUUCAGCGUAGUCAAAGCACCAUUUAUUUCAAAAACCACUUUUUAUGAAACCAGAAGGCUUGGAGUCGUACCAGCGAUCAAUAAGGUUUUCAUGGAGCAGAGACAAAAAAUUAUCAAGAUUUUAAAACAAAUCGUAAGUUUUUUUUGUGAAUUUUGCUUUUCUGAAAUUUGUAAAAAAAAAAAACGCCAACACAAAAAUUUCGGAAAUUGUGAUAAAACUUUGAUAAUGUUUGCCUCUAAUUUCCCAGAAAAACUAACUCAUCAAAAAACUGAAACAGUUUUUAAAAAUUAUUCAAAUUGAGGAGAAAAUAUUGAAAUUUUACUAAAAUAUAAUCUUUAAUCAUAAAAAUGACGUGAAAUGAAAAAGUGUUAUUUCUUACAAUUUAGAAUAUUCCGAUUGAUGCGGCUGGUGAUGGAAUGUACGAUUCUCGCGGUUAUUGCGCAUUCUGGUGCCGGUACAUUAUCAUUUGCACGCUCACAAAGUUCGUUUUACAUUACAAAAAUGUGAGGAAAACAGCAGGAAGUGAGUUUCAAACCAGAAAAAUCGAACAAUUUUUCAAAUUUUAUAGAAGGAUCAAAAGGACUGGAACCUAUUGCUCAGUCACAGUGUUUGUCGGAAUUGGUUGAUAUGUUGAAGGAAACUUUCGUUAAUGUAGAUCCAAUUCGAAGUUUGACGACUGAUCGCGAUUUAGCUGUGGCUGCAAACAUGAAAAAUCAGUUUCCAAAAAUCAUUCAUCGAUUUGAUCUAUGGCAUCUUAUCAGGAAUCUCACUAUGGACAUUUGGCCGAAGAAAGAUCAGAAGCAGAUGAUUCCAAUUAAACCAUGGAUUCAGGCAAUUAUUAAUAAUGUAUAUUCGUCCAUUCAAAAUUCCGGCGGAGAUCCAAUAAUUGCGAGAGAAUUGGUUAUGUCAAGCUUCGCACAUUGUCUCGAUCAACAUUCGAAUUUCCAAAAUAUCACAUGGUACAAAUUCACCAAAGUGAAUCAAUGCCGGCAUUCUCCAACUUCAACAAGUCACGUUGGAUUUUUGAAUCCUAAUAAUGUGAAGGAUAUGAAAGCUUGGGAAGCUUUGAGAAAAAUUUUUGUGAAGGGAAAUCGAUUGAAUGAUAUUGGUCAAAUUUCGGCACAUUUUAUGACAAGUGAAUGCGAGAGCUUCAACGCAUUAUCGAAAAAAUAUGCGCCCAAAGAUAAAUAUUUGUGGGUUUUUCUUUUUGAGAUUGCAAAUUUUUAAAAAUUCAGUAGCAAAUUCUACAAAACUUGACAUUCAAGAAUUUCCCUACAUUUUAUCUCGAAUGCUUGAAAUCCAUAUGAAUUUCAGCCCGAAAAAUAUGAAAAUCUAAAGCCUGAAAAGUAUGACACUAAAAAAUGUAGGACAGUUUUAAAAUUAAAAGUUUGACUGUAGCUAAUUAUCAAUUUUUUACAGUAGCUCACAUGAAACUACAACACGACUAGCAGUUCUUCACUGGAAUCAUUUAAAAAUUGAAGAAUUGGAGGGAAGAAGGACUGUGAUCGGUGGGAAAAGCUCGAUGAACAAAACAAAACAGCAAAAACGAGUCAAAAAGAUGAAAUCACCGUCUGACCACUCUUGGAGAAUCGAAAUCAAAAACGCAGCACUUUCAAUUUUUGGUAAGUUUUUUUUACUUUUAACAUUCAGUGAACAUAUUUUUCCAGGUGAAGAACUUUCAAAGAAGUCGAAUAAUUUGCAAGAAGAGGAAAAAGAAGAAUCCAGUGACGAAGAAUUUUCUUUAGAGAAUUUGACCGACAAAGAUUACUUUGAAAAAAGGGUGAGUUAAUAUCUUUUUUUCAAAUUUCAAUCGAAAUGAUCGUGAUUUUUUAGCUUCAGCAAGUUUUCGACGAAUUCGAAUCAAGUUCAGAAAAAAGCGAAAGCGAUAGUGAUGCAGAAGAAUCAGAUGAACCAGAUGAAGCUGAUUAA